AUGGAGGUCAACAUCGACGCCCCUGAUCAUUUCUCGGUUGGGUGUAUAAACGGCUUCCUGACUCCCGAUAUUGGUACCACAUAUCAGCGAAUUUCCUUCUGGGGACCAGUCAUUACUUUCGCGCUGGUACUUCUUGUUGCCGGAUGGCGUGAGUGGUAUGAUAUCGUGCAUCAAUUGAGAGCCGAUGAAGAGAGCGGCCCGGAGACAAGAAGGGACAGGUCUCAUCUAACGCGAAUAGCCGAUUGUCUCGCAUACAUUCAAUUCAUCUUCUUCGCCAGCGCACUAAGUCUUAAGCAACCUGGAUUCUUGCAACCAGUUGUGAGCUCCCUCAGCUGGUCUACUCUCAUGUCAAGACGAGGCAUAAUUUGGAGGAAGUCUGUGUAUUAUGGUAUCAACGACGGAAUUCACGAAAUCAAUGGUACUUUUGGUGGAACAUCAGGUCUUGAGCAUAUGACGCAGGUGAUGGGUGCUCCAGUGACAGUGCAAACCUGGACCAACAUCGCCAGUUUGGCAUUGGCUAUCCUCGCUAUUCUCUUCGCGGUGCUCCAAGUCGGAAUUCGUCUAAGAUGGACGCGAGAUUGGUUCAAGCACUCAGGGAGCUGGAUGCUUGAGAGUACCACCAAACAACGGCAUAAGGCGACAAUUUGGAUUGCUCUACGGGUAUUCCUCAGCUACCUUUUGCUCCCGCUGACCGCUUGGACAACGUAUCAACUUGACAGCGCCAGUGCACGACCAGUAUACUACUCGCUGUUAGUAGUUGCGGUCGUGGCCCUGCUUAUAAUCGCCAGCUGGUGGGGAAUAUCGUCACGGAGCCCUCAAAACAUGGGAUAUCUUCUUAUUGAUGACCUGCACAAGCAAGACUCCGAGGACGAGCCUUCUCGAACUCAAGAUUACUACACUCUUGUCACGUUUAUCCUUAUUCUCGCCCGUGGAGUAAUAAUCGGAGGACUGCAACGUUUCGGAACACCACAGUUGUUCUCUCUGAUGUCAUGCGAAGUGAUUCAGCUGUGCUUCCUGGCGUAUGCUAGAACGGCGCCUGGGCUACUUAUCAAACCUGUCUUUAUGUCGGGUGCACGACUUUGUGCUCUUUUACUCUGCAUGGGUAUGAUCCCGUCCUUGUGGAGCCAUACAGCAGCGAGUGCACUUGGAUACGUCUUUCUAGUUUUCAACGCCUUGUUUUUGAUAGGCAUGUUCUUUGUUCCUUCUGUUGGCGAGGUUUGGCGCCUCGCUGUAACUUGCUUUCACGAAUGGAGAACCACGCCAGAGCGACCGUCGCGAGAGUCCUUACAGGAUCAGCCUCAGGUUUUUGGACUUCGUCAACUUGCUAGACGUCCCACGACAAGGACAGACCUUUCUGGGCGAAGCAUUCUCAACCACGAUAGAAUGAGCAGCCUGGCCUGUGUCUCCCGAACCCUUACGCACAUACUUUCGCUCGCCGAGACCCGAAAGAUCAGGGUCAAGUCUAUCGGGAAGCAAUCGACAAUUCUCCUCUUUCGAAACAACAAGACCAGAGAGAUGUGCAUCGAGCCUUUCAGAAAGAAGCUACAAGUUCCCAUCAUUCGAGCGAGCAAGGCCUCCACCGACUGUUUACGAGAAUCCCAACGAGAGAAGGUCCGAGGGCUCAAGUCAAAGCGACAGUAG